AGGACCAAAUGAUCAUAUACAACAAGACACUUCAUUUGACCAAAAGCUGACUCUGGCCAAUAGACGAACAAACAACUCCCGGAGUUUCCAAAACUGUGCGUGUGUGUUGAUGUUGCCGGUCUCGUUUGUGUCACUUUGGGAGGAGGAGGAGGAAACAGGAGAGCUCAUCGCACCGUAGGCUAGUUCUACACCGCGUUUGGGCGCUCCGAUGGGCGAUGAAAAGCCGCCUGAUGUGGGUUUCAGUUCGGAUGAGGUCCGGAAAGAGCCCGGUCCCGAUCCGCAGCCCUGUUCGGACGAGGCGGAUCAUGUCGCCAUCAGGUUCAAAGUGUACCGACGGAGAUGGUUCAUUCUGCUGGUGCUGUGCCUUCUCAACUGCUCCAACGCCAUGUCCUGGUUGACCUUUGCCCCUGUAGCUGAUGAGAGUGGAGCUGCGUUGGGGGUCAGUGUGGACCAGGUCAACUGGCUGUCUCUGGUCUACAUGGUCACAGCUAUCCCACUAGCUGCCAUCUCCACAUGGAUGCUGGACACAUGCGGACUACGACCCACGUUGAUCCUGG